AUGGGACGGUCUAUCUAUUCUUUUCCUGUCUCUCUGUCUGCUCUGCUUUUCCUCUUCCUGCCGUCCGUUGUCCCCUCCCAAAAACUUCCCCCCUUAUACAUGAUGCCGCCUUCUCCAUCUCUCUCUCUCUCUCUAUCUCUCUCUUCCUCUUACCUCGACAUGACUGAUCUAUUUCUUCUUUACUUCAUGUUACCUUUUUUUUUUUUUGGCUUGGAGCUUUAUUACUUACCUACCUCUCUCAUCCCCCUUUUUCUACACUACUUUCUUACAUGGGGAUUAAUUAUUUACCACCUUUUACCUUCUUCUUCUUCUUCCACUACUACAUCUUCUAUGCCUUUCUUUUCUUCUUCUUCUUCUUUGAUUCCCCGCCGUCUCAAGGCAUAA